AUGGGUCUCACCGUCAUGACCCAGACCACAGGCAAUGUCCCCAGCCGUGCUUGGGGAACCAAGUUACCUCCCGGCAAUAAAACAACCCCAGAACACGUUGACGUUUCCGGCGAGGUUUCCUGGGGGGAUCCCGCGCGAACCGGAACAGCUUACGACUUCCGGACGGACGCCAUAACAACCCCCUCAAUCCGCCAGCUAGCCGCUAUCAGCCGCGCCACCCUUAACGACGACGUCUUUUCCGAAGACGCCACCACAGCCCAGCUGGAACGCCACAUGGCUGCCGUCUGCGGUUGCGACGCCGCCGCCUUCGUCGUGUCAGGCACCAUGGCCAACCAGCUCGCCAUCGGCGCGCUGCUGUGCCGCUACGCACGACCGAACGGGGUCCUCGCCGACGCCUCGGCGCACGUCGUCAACUUCGAGGCCGGCGGGCUCGCAGCGCUGUCGGGUGCCACGGUGCAGCCCGUGCGGCCGGCCAACGGGCAAGGCCGGGGACUGUAUCUGACGGCGGCUGACUUAACGGCGCAUGCGCGCUGCCCGACGAGGGUGGUCAGUCUGGAGAAUACGGCGCAUGGCAACGUGGUGCCGCUCGGGGAGCUGCGCGCCGUGCGCGAGUGGGCGUCGCGCCGCGGGGUCAUGGUACAUAUUGAUGGGGCGAGGGUGUGGGAUGCCGUGGCUUCCUCUUCCGGCGGCCGGGCAGGGGGGACGCUGGCGGAGAUUGCGGCCUGCGCUGAUGCCAUGACGCUGUCGUUUUCCAAGGGCAUUGGGGCGCCCAUUGGGGCGGUGGUGGUGGGCUCGUCGGCGGUGAUUCGCCGGGUCAAAAGGCUGCGUCAGAGCAUUGGCGGCGGCGUCAGGAAAAUGGGCGUGCUGGCGGCCGCCGCGAGGGAAGCGCUGCUCGAGAAUUUUGGGCCGGGUGACGUGGAUGUGAGAGGAGUUCUUGGGGCUGUCCACGGCAUGGCUGCGGCGGUGGCGCGAAUGUGGACGGACCGGGGAGGGAGAUUGCUCCGCCCGACAGAGACCAACAUGGUCUGGCUUGAUCUUGCGAGUGCCGGCGUUACGGCUGAGAUGUUGAACGCUGUGGGCACGCGGAGCGGGAUCCUGAUCUCGGCGCCGCGGAUCGUCCUCCACCACCAGAUAUGUGCCACCGCGCUGGCCAGCCUGGAGCAGGUGUUCGAUGCCGUCCUCUCCCUGCGGCAGCUCAAGGAGGUGAACGCCGCUGGUGCUGGCGGAUGAGACCGAAAUCAAGACGGAAUGUAUGCCGUGGUGGCGUGUACCUGCAUGGUUGUCAAUUUGAGGACGGACAAGCCGAAUGUGGAAGCGCUACGAGCUGGCGUUGAGGAGCGCUUGUCAGAGACCCAUGCCCGGCUUUGACCCCGAAAGCCGUUGCAGGGACGAUCUAUUGAGUGCUUGCCGGGUCCAAGGGGGUUAUUGAACUUGGAACGCCGUGACUGUUCAAAGAGGAAAAGAAUGAAUGAUACCUGCGUAGUCGCGUUAAAU